GUGAGAUCUAUCUCCAGCCCGAGAUUAUCUUAGCGGUCGGCCUCGUGGCUCCCCUAUACCCGUGCUCAAGUGACACGGCUGGGACCUCGAUGAAUGAACACGGAUCACGAGGCGGGGCCGGGGAGCAGGCCCCUUGGCUCUGGUGGUUGUGGCAUGUCGUGCGUGCAUGGAUGGAACGAUAGAUCUUCAGUUUCCUAUAUACCAUCCACCGCUGCCAGGUUUGGCAUAAGUCUGUAUGACUCUGUCUAUACCUGUCCGUCCCUGCCGUCUUCCACUCUCUCGACCCCGGCGCAGAUGCUUGACUUUUUACCUGCCGCGCUGCCCCCCACGCCCGCUUGUCGCGCUUUUGCUUCUCCCGUUUCUUACGAGCAGGCAAUAUCGACAUCUGUGGUCAAAAGGCGCCUAAUGGCUCUGCGGGGGUGACUGUCCAAGAAUGGAAUUGGUUUCCAUUCAUGGUCGUCACCUGAUCCCAAAGCCAGCUGGCUUCAUUCCCCGUGACUGGCGUACGUGUCGAUACUAUCCAGAGGUUCAUGAUGAUGGGCGAGGUUGGGGAGAUGGCACUGGCGCGACAAGAUGACUGCGCAUGUCCCUUCGACGGACCCGGAGACACACCUCCCGUGACGGACCCUAAGGGUGCGUGCUUUGAAGGCAACCAGCGGGCGUUCCUGAUGAGCAGGUAUGGACAGGAAGACAUCAACCAGACUCUUUGCCAGAGUAUAGCAGAUGCCGGAUCAGGAGGGACCGCAUUCUAUGCCCUGUACUAUUUGGACCAUAAGUGGUGUGGCCUACAGUGGAAUGACCCGCACAGUCUUGCUCAGGACCCCGGUGUGGACAAUAUCAUAAAUCUUUGCAACGGUCUCGGAUUCCCCAACUUCGCUGAUCCUGGGGUACCUCCCGAAUCAUACCGCUGCAGCACGUGUUCCUCUUCCACUCCAAAGCAGGAGACCCCUGCCCAAAGCUCUGGGUUCACCGCACUGUCGGUGAGCUCGACGUCGAAGAUUACGCAGCCAGGAGCCACCAAAGGACCACCGAUUGCUUCAGCGUCUACGGCCUCAUUAAGCCCAUCCAGGGUUGAUGCUACUGGCACCUCGCCACCGCCCACAGCGACACACGACACGGACACUUUUCUGCCGACGUCUGCAACCACGACGUCUGCCACACCGAGCCGCACUCUUCCUACGGAGGCCAUAGUUGCCAUCGUCGUAUGUACCACACUGGCACUUGUCAGUGCUGUAGUUCUGUUGAUCUGCGUCCUUCGCCGAAGACAAAGGCAGCUGGGAGAGCACGAGGGUGACAUAAGAAGUCGUAUUAGUAGGAUUGUGCAAGGCUUUACGGCGGCAGACUUUCCACAGCGCCUCAUCUCACCUUCGCACUCGUACUAUGCCGACCGACCGCCUCUGACUCCGCCUCUCCCCCUACGCGACAGGAAACUUCUCCCUUCGCUACUGGAAUCCACCUCACGCCCUAAUUCCAUUGCGUCUGGGCUACCUUUUGAGAGAUAUCACAGCAACAACAGCCAAAGCAGCUGUUAUAGCAGCCACAGGCAGGAUGACAAGGAGUCGUUCCCAUCGUCUCCAAUUUGCAGCCCGACAUACAACCGUCUUGAACCACGGCAAGAAAGGAUGCACCAGACAGCACCGUCACUCGUCACCUCUGCGGCGUCGCUGACUCCGGAGCCCUCCUCGCCACCCUACACCCGGCUUAAGUCACCUCCCCCGGUAAUGUUCACAUUCCCGUCGGCCAGUCAUGACAAUACCACCCAUGCUCUUCAUCCUUACCCUAAAGGGCGGACGUCAUCCCUACGAAACGAGAUCGUGUCGAUGACGUCCACCAACAGCAGCAACCACUUGACACAUGAGAGACAUCCCACCAGCACCAGCACAGCAACGAUCGCCUUGGCGGACGGGGCGGACCACCACCUAAUGUCUACCGGCACGUCUGCGCCUACCCCGCCAUCAUCACCGGUCCGACCAAGGCGACCGCACGAUGGGCCCCUCGAGAUCCCGGAUCUUGUCAGCCCGAUGAGCACCCCAGGGUCGCCGUCGCCCGGUCCUCCGCCGAGCAAAGCCCUGCCGCCUCCACCGCUGACCCUUCGCUCGAGCCCAGUAAACACGGGCAUUGGGGUCGCCACGACCACCGGCGUGAGUUCCGAGCGCGCCCUGGCGCGGAGCCCGCCGGAGCAUGGCCAGCGUGGUCCUGCUUACCAGGGCCGCCGUCAUCAUUCACACAACCGGCAUGAUCGAGGCAGCGCGGCCGUCGAAAGGGUCCGGGGCGCGAGCCAGGACAGUUGGGGGAGCUGGGAGGACCUCACUCCUGCGUCACUCAUCGGCAGGGCGAUAUCGCCGCCAGCCGGGCGGACUGUUUAUCCUUAUCCUGACACUUGAGCUGGUCGAAUCGGUACCUUGAAACAUGAGGAUGGAGGCUUGGCUGCUUCCUGGCAGCGUUUGUGAAAUUUACGCAUUGGGGCCGAGAGUACAUUUGGAGGGGAGGGGGUCAAGGAACAAACCUUGGAAAUGACGACUACCAGGGUGAGAAACGAGUCCUUGUCACCACAAAAACUAUGGCAAUGGGCAUGUUUUCCGUGCUUCGUCUAUCCUAGCCUGUUCAUUGUGUAUCGCUCUCUCUGCCGAGGUGUCUAGGGGGGUUAGAGGGGGCACCUCAAGCCUAAUGAUGCUCUACUGCGUCACUGGGGUUGUAGGAAUACGUAAUUGUCAGCAGAAAGGGGGGAUACCAGUGAUGAGUUGAAUCUAGGUUUUUGUAUAUCACUUAUCAUUUUCCACUUUGCCGUAUCAACAAAGCACCAGCCUUUAUCUCUCUUGA